GAUACCAUUUUCCAUCCAACUUGACUGGAAAUGUAAACGGCAGACUAAUUUUGUUAAAAAUUGGCAUGAUUGAAGACUAAUAUGUAACUUCAAAAUGUUUAGGGACAAUUUUGAAAGAGUGAGUAAAAUUUGAGGACUAGAAAUGUAAUUUUCCCGAUUAAGGCAGUACUAUGAAUAGAGAAUUCUUAGAGUAAUUUUAUAGAACCCUCUCCACACCCAUCAGUCAGUCAGCAGCGAACAUGCUUCUGAAAUCAACCUUCACUCCGUUAUUCGCUGCCAUUGUUAUCCCUACAAAACCCAAUCCCACAAAGCUCUCAUUCACAGCUUUCUGCAGAAACAAUUCCCUUACACCACAAGGCACACCAACUGUUCGACAAAAUGCCUCACCCAACACCACCUCACCUUCUUUACUACUCCAGCACAAGCUACCGCCCACAUCCGCCUACGUCCACCUCCCUUUCUGCCGCAAACGCUGCCACUACUGCGACUUCCCCAUCAUCGCUCUCGGCUCCUCCUCCACCACCAACACCACCACGCCGGAGAAGAACGAUACUUACGACCCACGUAUCUCUAACUACGUAGAAACCCUCUGCAGAGAAAUCAAGGCCACAAAGAAGUUGAGCUCUUCCACCAACAACAACAGCAGCCCACCUCUCGAAACGGUGUUCUUCGGUGGGGGCACCCCUUCGCUCGUGCCCCCGCAGCUCGUUUCUUCUGUUCUUGAUGCACUGUCCUCUAAAUUCGGCGUCUGUGGCAAUGCUGAAAUAUCGAUGGAAAUGGACCCCGGCACUUUCGAUGCCGCUGCAAUGAAGGAACUGAUGAAUGUCGGAGUGAAUCGAGUCUCGUUGGGCGUGCAGGCUUUCCAAGACGAGCUUUUAAAGUCCUGCGGGAGAGCUCAUGGAGUUAGUGAAAUUUACGAAGCUAUCGAGAUUGUCAAUACUUGCGGUGUUGAGAAUUGGAGCGUGGACCUCAUUUCUUCGCUCCCGCAUCAAACACCGAGCAUGUGGGAGGAGAGUUUACGGAUCGCUAUUCAAUCUCAGCCCACUCAUGUUUCGGUUUACGAUCUCCAGGUCGAGCAAGAAACCAAGUUUGGAGUCCUAUACACUCCAGGUGAAUUUCCACUGCCAUCGGAGAAUCAAUCGGCCGAGUUUUAUAAAACAGCUUCGAGAAUGCUGGGUGAAGCAGGGUACGACCACUACGAGAUCAGUAGCUACUGCAAGAGCGGUUAUCGAUGCAAGCACAAUAGUACGUAUUGGAAGAACAAAUCUUUCUACGCUUUCGGGCUCGGUUCUGCCAGUUAUCUUCGUGGAGUUAGGUUUUCGAGGCCAAGGAAGCUGAAGGAUUAUGUGGGCUACGUGCAGAAUCUGGAAAACGAAAGCACCGAAGAUGGUGUUGUCGAUUUCGAUGUUGAUGCCAAGGAUUUGGCUACGGAUGUUGUUAUGCUCUCUCUCAGAACAGCCGAGGGUUUGGAUUUGAGAGCUUUUGGGGAAGCUUUCGGCGAUUCGGUGAGGGGCUCGAUUUGUGAGGUUUAUAGACCUUAUGUGGAAAGCGGGCACGUGAUUUGCUUGGAUGAAAAAAGAAGAAAAGUCGAAUAUGACGAGUUUAUUGUAUCUUCGAUGUCGAAUGAGAUGGUAGGGUUUCUUCGGCUGAGUGAUCCCGAUGGUUUCUUGCUGUCGAACGAGCUGAUAUCUCUUGCUUUUGCUGCUAUAUCUCCAUGAUUUUUUUUUUCGGUUAUUCUCUUAUGCUUUUGGAGAUGUAUGCAGAGUUUGAGCUUUCUUUAUCGGCAAUCGAUCGGUAAGGGGGAACUCGAAUAGCUCGUAACUUUUUGACGAUUGUUUUGUGAAGUGCAGCAGGAUUUGCUCUUGACGAGAUAAUGUACAGUUGUUAUACAUACAAAUCGUAAUCGUGAUUAAAUUCUGAAGUCCUUGUAUAUCGAGUAACUCUGCUUCUGCUUUGUUUGUCAUGUUCUCGGCUAUAGUUUCUUUUCCUACGGUCAUAUUUACUAUUUAGACGUUGGAUCUGUGAGAGGAUUACGUUUUCUUUUGUUCGGUAACAUGGUCGAGAAACUGCGCAAACGUAAAUGAAUAUACUGAUAAAUUUGCAUUAAUUUAAAUCGUUUCUGUUAGUAUUUUAUCGAAAAUAGAACGUAAAAUGACGUGUUAACUGAAUAAUCAGUUCACCACUUUGCUCAUGCUGUAUCUACAAACUAGAAGUUUUGUACACCAGCUCUGGUAUUUUCUGCAGUCUACUAAAUAAAAACCUUAACACCUGUCUGGAAAAAAGAAUCGAUACAACUUCAAAAAGAAA